CGAAAAUCCCCACAUUCCUCGUUGAAGAUGAAAAUGAAGUGGUGGACGAGGUCUCCGUCCAAGAGAAUGUUGCACGUGAAGGUGAAGCCAUUGAAGCUUGAAGGAAUAACCAGAAACGAGGAAGAUGAUGGUGACAAAGACGAUGCCAAAGUCCUGGCUAUUGAAAUAAUUUGGAAAGGACCCAAGCCCAGAUUGGCUUCGUUUUACAUAUCUUCGUCUUCGAGGCACAAGAGGAACCGCGGCAGCCAGAGAGUUUUAGGGAAUCGGAAACCGAUCGAAUGGGACGAUGACGAAUUCGAAAACGUAUGCGAUUUCUCGGUCGUUUCCAACGGGUCUUGGGAUGUUUUGUUUAAUGUAUUGCAUGGAAAGAAUUCUGAAGGAAAUAGUAAAUUGGCGGUUGCGGGGAAGGUUUCUCUGGAUUUGGCAAAACUGGUUCCGGUGACGGGGUGUUCGGACGUUGAACGGAAGCUUCCGGUUGCGUUAAAAGUUGACGGUGUUGUCGUCGAAGCUUCUUUAUUCAUUUUAGUGAGUUUUGUCAGAGGUACUACAGACACGACAGGAGGUGCCCAAAACUCAGCCGAGUCAAUCAAGGAAGAUGGAUUCUUCAAAAUAGUGAAGAGUUUAACCCGGCAGAAGGAGAAAAAUUAUAGCUGUCAAACUGAUCAAUUGAAUUCCCGUGACUCGGACGAGUCGCUGGUAUUUGAUUCAGAUGGUUUGCAUGGGAAUGACUCUACCACCACGAGUGAAAGUAACAGCGGCGAGCUGAGUUUAGGACCUGAGUUGGAAUCAUUCCGAAGUUUUGAAAAUCAGUUGGAACCACCCCAGAACAACAUGGUAAGAAUGUUCUCAUGGAAGAAAAGACGGUUAAGUUUUCGAUCUUUGAAGAAGAAAGCACAGCCGUUGGUUCAAACCGGAGAAAACUGCUGGGAAGUGAAGCAAUUACUCAGCAGAAACGGACAAGCAACACUAAAAGCCGAAGUGUUCUUCGCAUCGUUCGACCAAAGAAGUGAAAGAGCUGCCGGGGAGAGUGCCUGCACGGCACUAGUAGCCGUCAUUGCCCACCGUCUCAAUUCAAACCAAGCCUCCAUGCCAACGAGACUCGAAUUCGAUAGCCUCAUAACAGAAGGCUCAUCUCAGUGGCGCGAGCUCUGCUCCAACAUAGCUUACACCGAUUCCUUCCCCGACAAGCAUUUUGAUCUCGAUACUGUUCUAAAAGCUGAUCACAAGCCUGUCAUCGUUCUGCAAGACAAAUCAUUCACAGGGUUCUUCAGCCCCGAGAGAUUCAAGUGCUUGAAAGAUGCAAUGUCUUUCGAUGAGAUAUGGAACGAAAUAAGCAACGACCAUGAUCAGCCGAGGGUUUACAUUAUCAGUUGGAACGAUCAUUUCUUCUUGUUGAAAGUAGAAUCAAAGGCGUAUUACAUAAUCGAUACUUUGGGUGAGCGGUUGUUUGAGGGUUGUAAGCAAGCCUACAUGUUGAAGUUCGAUGAUUCGAGUUCAAUGUAUGGGAAGGAGGAGGUGGGAGGAAGUGAAGAAGAUGAGAUGGUUAUAUGCAGGGGGAAAGAAUGUUGCAGGGAAUACAUAAAAAGAUUUCUAGCGGCCAUAACAGUUGAGGAGCUCGAGGAAGAAGAGAAAAAGGGCAGAAUAUCGACAUUUUCUCUUCACCGGCGACUGCAAAUCGAUUUUCAUUAUACUUCUACUUCAAGUUCUUCAAUGGCAACGAGCUGAAGAGUGUUUUUGACUCAGGGUUGAUACAUUGUACAGUUGUUUAGGUUUUAGCAUUGUGAUUAAUUUUAUACGA